AUGGCUCAACCAAGCUCUGCCAUCCAUAUUCCUCAACCCCCACCAGUCCUAGACAACGUCGUCCUCAAAGAAAUCCAGCUCCCGCUCCCCGCAGCCCCAGAAGCCUGGCAUCGCCCCGGCAAAGCCCAACCUUGCACCGCAACCCUCAAGCUCUCCUAUUCCUCCGCUAUUGCCUCCGCCGACACAGACGAUGUCUCCCUCUCCAUCGACUACGGAAAGCUUUUCCGCCGCCUCGAAUCCGAUGCCCGCAAUAUGACUACCACCUCAUCCCCAGAGCACCACCGUAUGGUAAGCUUGGAUGGAACCCAGCGCGAGGACAUGAAAGCCAGUGCUGUCGGUCAGGACCCACGCGCCACGGCGGGGAUGGUUGCGAAUGCGGGACUAGGAAUGCUAGAUGAGACGGCAGCGGGAGUGCGGCGGAUGGCGCAUGUGCAACCGAGCCCGCGGAAUGGGUUUCCGGGAGCCGGAAAUAUGAGUGCGUCACCGGCCAAGUAUCCGAUCGAGGCAGAGUAUGGAAAGUGUGAGGUCUGGCUACAUUUCCCCAAGGCGCUGUUGAGGGCCGAGGAGGGACUGCGGUAUCGCAGUCUAACGGUUUGGGGAUACAAGCAAAGCGAUUUACAGGAGAGGUGUCCUGUUGUCGUAGAGGAGGAGUUCCUAAUUGAGGGGAUUCGCUGUUAUUGUAUCCUCGGCGUGAAUCCGCAUGAGCGCAUUGAGAAGCAGGCAGUGAUCGUUUCGCUUGCGUUUACUGGUCCUGGACAGCUGGCUUGGGGAUCGACUGUUGUGGAGACUUACCAGGCCAUGACCAGAACUGUGGCUGAGCGCGUCGACAAUACCACCUUCAAGACUGUGGAGGCCUUGGCUACAGUGGUUGCUUCCAUUGCGACAGUGGAGUUUGGAAAUGAACGGGUGACAGUCAAGGUUGAGAAGCCCAGCGCAUUGGCAUUUGUGCAGAGAUCGGGUGUUGAGAUCACCCGAUCCAAGGCAUUCUUCCAGAAUCACGAGGCUCAACAGUAG